AUGCAGAGAAUCAAUUCGUACCUCUACAGCCAGAAGAAGCCGCCGUAUGUCAUGAACCUCGAUCCAGCAGUACACUCAGUCCCGUUCGAGAGCAACAUCGACAUACGAGACUCGAUAAACUACAAGGAAGUGAUGAAGCAGUAUAAUCUGGGCCCCAACGGCGGCAUCCUCACCUCUCUAAACCUCUUCUCUACGAAAAUAGACCAGAUAAUGGCCAUCCUCGAGAAGCGAGCUUUGCCCUCCGCAGACCAGGAGCAGCCGUCGACCUCGAAACCGAUCAACCAUAUUCUCGUGGAUACGCCGGGACAGAUAGAAGUGUUUGUAUGGAGUGCAUCGGGCAGCAUCCUGCUUGAAUCGCUGGCAUCUUCUUUCCCUACCGUUAUCGCAUAUAUUAUCGAUACGCCACGAACGAGCUCUACAAGCACAUUUAUGAGCAACAUGCUCUAUGCAUGCAGUAUCCUAUACAAGACGAAACUACCCAUGAUCCUCGUCUUUAACAAGACUGACGUGAAGGAUGCCGAGUUCGCGAAAGAAUGGAUGGCAGACUUUGAGAAAUUCCAGGCCGCACUGGCUGAGGAGGAGCAGAACGGCGCGUUUGGUGGAGGGGAAGGGGGUACGGGAGGCAUCGGGGGCGGUAGCGGGUACAUGGGCUCGUUCCUGAACAGCAUGAGCUUGAUGCUCGAGGAGUUUUAUCACCACCUGAGUGUCGUGGGCGUUAGUUCUAUGACGGGAGACGGGGUGGAGGAUUUCUUUGCUGCGGUAGAGGAGAAGCGCCAGGAGUUUGAGCGCGACUACAAACCUGAGCUGGAGAGAAAGCGAGCACAGAGAGAAAAGGAAAGACUUGAGAAGCGUGAGGUUGAGCUUGGGAAACUGCUGAAGGAUAUGAAUGUCUCUGGUCCGUCGUCAUCGUCGAAGGAGAAAGGGUAUGAAGUCGAGACCGUCUCGGAGGCUGAAGACGAUGACGACGAAGAAGAAGGGGAGGAUGAACGACCCAGCGGAAGAGACGACGACGGCCUCUCGCAGCGAUAUAACAAGGCUCUGGCUGAUUCUGGAGAGCAGGCAACCGAGGACAGCAGCUUUGCGCGGUAUCUAAAGUCUUCCAACCUGGGGUGA